UAGGUCCCCGGGAAGGUAGCAGACAUCCCCAGGCAUUGGACUCGCCAACUCAAAGGUCUUCGUCAUCAUCCCACUUCGGCUUCCCAGAAGAAGAAGCCUGCUUUCAUCCCUACCACUGUUCAUUCCGACACACAGGAUCUGGCUGACUGUUUCGAUGGGACAGGACAAUGAAAGUUUUGCCAACGAGUUCAUCUUCCUGGGCCUUUCUAGCCAUCGGGAUACCCAACUGGGUCUCUUUGUGCUUUUUCUUGGAAUCUAUGUCAUCACAGUGGUGGGGAAUACCCUCAUUAUUACUGCCAUCCACUUGGAACCACGGUUCAACACACCCAUGUAUUUUUUCCUUGAAAACCUGUCCUUUCUAGACAUCUGUUAUACAACGACUGGAGCACCACAGGUACUGGCCCAUUUCUUCGUGCAGCACAAAACCAUCUCCUUCAACAGAUGCAUGGCUCAGCUCUUCAUCUCUCUGUCUCUGGGAGGGACUGAGUUUCUUCUCCUGGCUGCAAUGGCCUAUGACCGCUACGUGGCCAUUUGCAACCCCCUCCAGUACAUGGUCAUCAUGAGGAGAAGCAUCUGCAUCCUGCUAGCAGCAGCUUCGUGGACUGUUGGCAUCCUUAAUGCUCUAGUGCACACCAUCUUCACUGCACGCCUGCGGUACUGUGGCCACCCUCUCAUUAACCAUGUCUCCUGUGAACUUAUUGCUCUCAUCAAGGUGGCCUGCUCUGACACCCACACCAAUGAGAUUGCAAUCCUGAUCCUUAACUUUGUUGUGCUCCUGGGCCCCUGCUUCCUGGUCUUGGUCUCUUACAUUUACAUCAUCUCCUCCAUCCUACAAAUUCAUUCUUCACAAGGAAGACACAAGGCCUUCUCCACCUGUGCCUCUCAUCUCACCGUAGUGAUCAUGGCUUAUGGAACAGCCAUCUUUGCAUACUCAAAACCAAAAGGAGGCAAGUCAUCACACAACCUGAACAAGAUGAUUGCUCUCUUCUAUGGCUUUAUCACUCCUAUGCUUAAUCCCAUCAUAUACAGCCUGAGGAAUAAAGAUGUGAAAGAUUUUCUGGCAAAAGCCAUGAGGAAAGAUCACCUCUGAGAAACUGUGAAUCUUAGGUUUUUAAUGGUAGCCAAUGAUUGUCCACGGUUCUAAUGUUAUUGUCCUUUUCAGAGACGGUUCUUAUCUUAGUCUGGGCAUCCAUAACAUUUGUAUAGCCUACAGUUAUGUAGUAUAACAGCAGCAAAGCUUGCCUGGCUGCAAGCCAAGUGGGUGAGCUGUGCUUAAGUGCUCUGCAAGAAAAGGAUGUGAAAACUUUGCAAAGGGUGCAUAAGCUUUACCAGACAGGAAGGUAUCCAGUGCAUGGUGCAUGCUUUUAUUGGAGCAUUUAAAAUUGUGACCAGAGCCCACAUUGCAAACCAGGGGCUCUGAUUGGUUGCUAAGCCAUAAAAGCUGAGGGAGGGAAAAGGAAAAAAAAAAAAAGGAAAAAGAAGAAGAGAAGCUGGGAGGAGUGGACUCCAGCCCUGAAGAGACGGGGUGCAAACUCAUCCCAAGCCAGGGGAGCCCAAGCUUUAACUUGCCCAGGGAGCAGGCAUCAGGACGGGGGAGAGCUUGACUUUUACAGCACAAAGGAAGGAGGAAAGCAAAGGAACCUUUAAAAUGUUCGGCACAUGCCAUGAUCUGACCUAGGGAUGCACAGAGAGGGGUCUGCGAAGCUUUACAAGGUUACCUUGUCUCAGUUCACCAAAUGUACCCUCUUCGACCACAAUGUCUACACGCUCCCUUUUCCCAGGACCGCACUUUUCCACAUUGUUCUUGGCUGCCUUGCC